UGCUACAUAUAUCUGUGCUAGGGGAAACUUCACCCAAAGCCACUUUCUUAACACAGUUCCGUCCAACGUCACACUACAGCAGACAUGGACCACAUGAUCAACUGGAAGGCGUUGGACAAUGUCCCUCUGCUCUUCUACAUCCUGGCAUUGAAGACCCUGGUCUUGUGCCUGGGCUUCGCUGGAGUGAAGAUCUAUCAGGCUAAGAAGGAAGAGGCCAAGCUGAAGAUACAGAGGGCAGAGCAGAGGAGGAUAGCGGAGCAGGUGCAGGAGCUCCUGGAUAACGAGCUCCUGGACAACAAGAAGGAUGACUGACCUGGAGGAACAAGGGAGAUGAAAGGAACUAAAGUAUGUCAUCUGACCAGACUGGGGACCUACAUGCUCCAAGGAUGGGGCGGAACUCUGAUUGGCUGAUCUGGGGAGGAAGUGUUGAGAAUGUCUAGUUCCUGUUGGACAGUACUCACCCAGAACAGGCCUGGGGUCCUGGACAUUGCUGCGGGUGUCAUUCUUUUUUUUACACAAACUUUUAACUUCAGAGCCACCAGAUGUUUUGUAAAUAAAGAUUAAAGAGUUUUUGUACCUCU